AUGGCCUUGCAAUUGCAGGCUCCGAUUAACGCAUCACCUAAUUCUCCUUUAGCUCCUACCGGAAAUGCAGGCCUUAGGCUCAAUUCCAACAGAUUUUCACUCAAAUCUUCGUUUUUUUCUUCAUCUGUUCACCUCUUCUUGCCAUCUUCUUCUUAUGCUCCUACUACAGCAACUGCGCCGAAAUUCUCCAUGCGUGUUGCGUCCAAACAAGCCUAUAUUUGUCGUGAUUGCGGGUACAUUUACAAUGACAGGACUCCUUUUGAGAAGUUGCCUGAUAAGUACUUCUGUCCCGUUUGUGGUGCCCCAAAGAGAAGAUUUAGGUCAUAUGAGCCUGCAGUGACAAAAAAUGCUAAUGACAUGGAUGUUCGAAAAGCCAGAAAAGCUCAGUUAAAGAGAGACGAAGCCAUUGGGCGGGCAUUGCCCAUUGCAAUUGUGGUGGGAGUUGCGGCACUGGCUGGUUUAUACUUCUACCUCAACAGCUCUUUCUAG